UGACCAUUUGGGAUUUGACACUGAUAGACAUUUUCAUUGAAUGAAGGCUCCCUGAAGGGAGUUUCAUUCAGGUUAGUCGGUUUAUCGAACAAAGGGCUCGGACCUGCGUCUUGCAUAAGUUGACCCUUUUAUGGUUCAGGUUAGUGACCUUUGUGGAAUUUUGUGACAUUAAUUACGUGUGAACGCGGCAAGACGCCGGUAGUGCAUGAGCGGAGUCCGACAAGGCAGCAGCAAUGUCAGUGGCUCCGUCCCGCGUCGGUAGCCGCAUGCAACAGUACGAAGACGGAGUCAACGACGACGCUGCCAACACAGCAGAUGGCGCCAUCGACGGCUCCGGUGGCGGCGGCGGCGGCGAAGACAUCGCAUCACCAACGCCGCGCAGCGAUAAGCCACCGAACUCCGUCAGUGCUCCCUUGGCGAUAGCUGGAAACGGCGCGCACCUCAAGAACGACGACUCCGACGAAGACGACGGCGAGGAGGACGCCGACCAGCACCCCAACGGGGGCUACUGGCGGCAGGCGGCCGCCUCCAGACCGCAGAGCCCCGCCAUGGACAACGGCAGCGAGGCUUCCAUGAUGCCACCGGCGAGGCCGAAGAGCCGCGUGGACAGCAGGUACAACAACCUGUCGUACUGGAAGGCCCGCAGGGUGCUGUUCUACAAGAAUGGGGACCCUUUCUUCCCGGGGGUGGAGCUGAGGUUCAAACCGGGACGGGAUAUCGUGAGUUUGGAGGCGCUACUGGACAAGUUGUCGCUACGCAUGGACUUGCCACGUGGUGCGAGGUAUAUCUUCUCGAUGGACGGGGACAGGAAGUAUAGGUUGGAUGAGUUGGAGGAUGGGGCGUCGUACGUGGUUUCGUCAUACAAGGCUUUCAAGGCUGCCAGUUACGGAAAGAAAAAUGGGAUUUGGUACGCCGCCCCCGGGGGGCAAGGCUGGAGCAAAGCCACCAGCAGGAAGGCGUCCAUCGCGGAGACGGACGCGCCGCCGCCGGGAGGCGGCGGCACCAUCAAGCCCAGCUCCGGCAGGGUGAUCCGGAUCAUCAACAACAUGGACCAUACUGUACAGUGCCGAGUUCUUCUAAAUCUUCGUACGUCGCAACCUUUCGAAGAGGUGCUGGAAGACUUGGGGCAGGUUCUGAAGAUGAGCGGUGCUAAAAGGAUGUAUACGGUGUCAGGGCAAGAAGUGCGCAGUUUUUCGCAGUUAAGGAACGAGUUUGCCGAUGUAGAUACUUUUUAUUUGGGAGUUGGGAGUGUGGGAGGUGGUGUGGGGGGUGUGAUGUUGUCGCCUGUACGAAGAGCGAGAUCGCGGGCACCUCAAACAGCCAUCGUAGAAGACAUUAGUAAACAAAGAAGGUCGAGGAGUAAAAGUAGACCGCGAGCUUUGUACGCCCCAGAAAACGAAAUCGUUCGAAACAACGAUUAUACUCUAUUAGAAGUGCUAAAAGAAGAGCCGGUACGAGUCACUAUUAAAGGGUUGAGGAGGACGUUCUACCCUCCCAUUCAUCACGCCCCAAUGGACAACUCUCCCCCCGACAAGAAAAUGCAACUAGAAUGGGUUUACGGCUAUCGAGGGACCGAUUCACGAAGAAAUCUGUGGGUUCUUCCUACUGGAGAACUCCUCUACUUUGUGGCAGCUGUUGCCGUUAUGUACGACAGAGAUGAAGAAGCGCAAAGGCACUACACUGGACAUACGGAAGACAUUCAAUGUAUGGACUUGCACCCCUCCCGCGAAAUGGUAGCCUCAGGUCAGAGAGCAGGACGUAAUCGCAAAACGCAGGCACAUAUCCGUAUUUGGAGUACCGAGACCCUUCAAACGCUCUACGUUUUUGGUAUGGGUGAAUUUGAAGUCGGAGUUGCCGCGGUUGCCUUCUCACAACUGAAUGGAGGAAGCUACGUCUUGGCGGUCGAUGGCGGCAGAGAGAGUAUUUUGUCGGUGUGGCAGUGGCAGUGGGGGCACCUUUUGGGCAAAGUAGCGACACUCCAAGAAGAACUCACUGGAGCCGUUUUCCACCCCCUGGACGACAACCUCAUGAUAACCCACGGAAAAGGACACUUAACCUUCUGGAACCGACGGAAAGACGGUUUCUUCGAAAGAACCGACAUCAUUAAACCUCCUUCCAGAACUCUCAUCACCGCUCUUCAAUUCGAACAAGACGGCGACGUCAUCACUGCGGACAGCGACGGCUUCAUCACAAUUUACAGUGUGGACAGCGACGGCGCUUACUUCGUCCGCAUGGAAUACGAAGCACACAAUAAAGGAGUUAGUUCUUUGGUUAUGCUGUCCGAAGGAACACUUCUCUCUGGUGGCGACAAAGACCGGAAAAUCGUAGCGUGGGAUUCGCUUCAAAACUACAAGAAAAUCACAGAAACGAAACUUGCAGAAGCUGCAGGUGGUGUUCGGUCGAUCUAUCCGCAGCGUCCUGGACGAAACGAUGGCAAUAUUUAUGUUGGUACUACAAAGAACAAUAUUUUGGAAGGUUCCUUGCAGAGGAGGUUUAAUCAGGUUGUGUUUGGCCACGGUCGUCAGUUGUGGGGUUUGGCGGUUCAUCCAGACGAUGAAGUUUUUGCGACUGCUGGACACGAUAAGAAUAUUGCUCUGUGGAGGAAGAAUAAGUUUAUUUGGACGUUACAGGUUGCGUUUGAAUGUAUAUCGUUGAGUUUUCAUCCGUUUGGUGUGGCUUUGGCUGCCGGAAGUACUGAAGGACAUCUUAUUAUAAUAAACACAGAAACGGGCACACUUAUCAACACCAUACGGGUGUGUGGAUCGCCGCUGAGUUGCGUGGGAUAUAAUCCAACUGGUGACUUGAUAGCCAUAGCCUCACAAAACGGCAGCAUUUACUUAUUCCGAGUGAGCCGCGACGGAUUUUCCUACAAAAAAUCAAACAAAAUAAGAGGCUCCCAGCCUUUAAUCCAAAUGGAUUGGAGUUCAGACAGCAAUUUCUUGCAAACUGUAACCGCCGACUUCGACUUAUGUUUCUGGGACGUGAAAUCUCUAUCACCCGAAAAGAGCCCCAUAGCGAUGAAAGACGUCAAGUGGUAUACCCAAAAUUCCACAGUCGGCUUUUUGGUUUCCGGCGUUUGGAACAACCGCUUUUACCCAAUGACAUCGAUUAUAAGUACCGUUGGCAGAUCGGCAGCCCAUGACCUGCUGAUAUCCGGAGAUACAGACGGCUACAUUCGACUUUUCAGAUAUCCUGUUCUGAGUCCUAAAGCCGAAUACAACGAAGAGAAGGUCUACAGCGGACAAGUAGCUUGUGCGCGCUUCUUGUUCAACGACCGAAACGUCGUGACAGUUGGUGGUACCGACGCUGCUCUUAUGUUAUGGGAACUAACGGAAGAAUAGCACAAACCGUUUGUGUACUUGCCUGCGGUUACUAGACACUACUCUGAUGAUUUCGACGAUUCAGACUUAGAUUCGUCGUUUGAAAACUCUUUCGAAGUUCUCAACAUACGAUACUGAAGAAAAUUUUCGUCUACGCACUUAUUUAGAUUCCUUUGAUCACUUUUCUUGACGUGACGGAUGUAAUGUAUAACUUUAGUUCCUCGUGGUGGCGUCAAGAGGGAAAGGACUUACGACAUGUAUACAGAAUUAGAGAAAUUAAUCAAUUUUUGAUAAAUAGAUUAAUCUAUGCUUUUAGUUUGAAAGUUUGAAAUAGAUUAAUGUAAAAUAUAGACGUUAUACAUACUACUGUUUAUUUUUUGAUAAUGAUAGUACUGAUUGUAAAGAAAAACAUGAAGUGAUACUAUACCUCAACUAAGUGCAAAGAUGUAAUAAUAACAUUCAAACGCUUUAACACGACUAAAAUAAACUAGAAACUGGAAGAACCUGACAGGACCUACAUCAUAAUUAUUAGGUGAUGAUUUAUGAUUGUCUAGUUAUAAAUACACCUGAAACUGCCAAUAGUUAUAGAUUUUAUUAUAUGAAAUACUAUGUGUAGAAAAAUAAAGCAACGC